GGGGCCUCCGCCGCCCGCGCCGCCCCGGGUCCCGCGGCCCGGCCGGCCGCCCGCGCCGCCGCGAGCCGCCCAUGGUGCAGCGCAUGUGGGCCGAGGCGGCCGGGCCCGCGGGCGGGGCCGAGCCGCUGUUUCCGGGCUCCCGGCGGAGCCGCAGCGUGUGGGACGCCGUGCGCCUGGAGGUGGGCGGCCCCGGCAGCUGCCCGGUGGUGCUGCACAGCUUCACGCAGCUCGACCCCGACCUGCCGCGCCUGGAGAGCUCCACGCAGGAGAUCGGCGAGGAGCUGGUCAACGGGGUCGUCUACUCCAUCUCCCUGCGCAAGGUGCAGGUGCACCACGCGGCCGGCAAGGGCCAGCGCCGGCUCGGGUGUGAAAACGAGUCGGCCCUGAGCCUGUACGAGACCUGCAAGGUGCGCACGGUGAAGGCGGGCACGCUGGAGAAGCUGGUGGAACACCUGGUGCCCGCCUUCCAGGGCAGCGACCUCUCCUACGUCACCAUCUUCCUGUGCACCUACCGCACCUUCACCACCACCCAGCAGGUCCUGGACCUGCUGUUCAGACGCAGGUUCGGUAGAUGUGACGCCCUCACGGCCUCCUCUAGAUACGGAUGCAUCCUCCCGUACGCCCACGAGGACGGCGGGCCCCAGGACCACCUGAGGAAUGCCAUCUCCUCCAUCCUGGGCACCUGGCUGGACCAGUACUCGGAGGACUUCAACCAGCCCCCGGGCUUCCCCUGCCUCAAGCAGCUGGUGGCCUACGUGCAGCUCAACAUGCCCGGCUCGGACCUGGAGCGCCGCGCGCACCUGCUCCUGGCUCAGCUGGAGAGCGCAGAGCUCACGGAGGCGGAGCUGGAGGCUCUAUCACCAGCUCCAGCUCCAGCGCCCAGUCCUGUGCCAACUUCAGAGCAGGAGCCAGCUGCAGCGCCUGCUCCAUCGCCUGCUCCAGCGCCCAGUCUAGUGCUCAGUCCAGUGCUGGCUUCGGAGCAGGAGCUGGUGCUGGCCGGAGAGCCUGAGCCCACUCGCGAACCAGCUCCAGAGCGAGAGGCCGCCCCGGGACCCACUCCAACGGCAACCCCAGAGCUGGAGCCGGCUCUGUCGCAAACCCUGGAGCUAGAGCCGGCUCCAGCGCCUGAGCCUCCCUGGCCUUCGCCUGUGGCCGCAGAGAACGGGCUGCGCGAGGAGAGGCCUCACCUCCUGGCGUUCCCUCCGGACCUGGUGGCGGAGCAGUUCACCCUGAUGGACGCGGAGCUGUUCAAGAAGGUGGUGCCCUACCACUGCCUGGGCUCCAUCUGGUCCCAGCGCGACAAGAAGGGCAAGGAGCACCUGGCGCCCACCGUGCGGGCCACCGUCAGCCAGUUCAACAGCGUGGCCAACUGCGUCAUCACCACGUGCCUGGGGGACCGCAGCGCCUCGGCCCGGGCCAGGGCCAGGGUGGUGGAGCACUGGAUCGAGGUGGCCAGGGAGUGCCGGGUCCUCAAGAACUUCUCGUCCCUCUACGCCAUCCUCUCCGCGCUGCAGAGCAACUCCAUCCACCGGCUGAAGAAGACGUGGGAGGAGGUGUCCAGGGACAGCGUGCGGGUCUUCCAGAAGCUGUCGGAGAUCUUCUCGGACGAGAACAACUACUCGCUGAGCAGAGAGCUGCUGGUCAAGGAGGGCACCUCCAAGUUUGCCACCCUGGAGAUGAACCCCAAGAGAGCCCAGAAGCGGCCGAAGGAGACGGGUGUCAUCCAGGGCACCAUCCCCUACCUGGGCACCUUUCUCACGGACCUGGUGAUGCUGGACACGGCCAUGAAGGACUACCUGUAUGGGAGACUGAUCAACUUCGAGAAGAGGAGGAAGGAAUUCGAAGUGAUCGCCCAGAUCAAGCUGCUGCAGUCCGCCUGCAACAACUACAGCAUCGAGCCCGAGGGGCAGUUCGGGGCCUGGUUCCGGGCCGUGGCGCGGCUCAGCGAGGCCGAGAGCUACAGCCUGUCGUGUGAGCUGGAGCCCCCCUCCGAGUCGGCCAGCAACACUCUGAAGGCCAGGAAGAGCACGGCCAUCGUCAAGCGCUGGAGCGACCGCCAGGCCCCCAGCACGGAGCUGAGUACCAGCGGCAGCUCGCACUCCAAGUCCUGCGACCAGCUCAGGUGCAGCCCCUACCUCAGCAGCGGGGACCUCGCCGACGCACUCAGCGUCCACUCAGCCGGCUCCUCCAGCUCCGACGUGGAGGAGAUCACCAUGAGCUUCGUCCCGGAGUCCCCCGACGGCCAGGAAAAGAAGUUCUGGGAGUCGGCCUCCCAGUCGUCCCCGGAGACCUCGGGCGUCAGCUCGGCGUCCAGCAGCGCCUCCUCCUCCUCGGCCUCCACCACGCCCGUGGCCAGCGCCCGCACCCACAAGCGCUCCGUCUCGGGGGUCAGCAGCUACAGCGCCUCGCUGCCGCUCUACAACCAGCAGGUGGGCGACUGCUGCAUCAUCCGGGUCAGCCUGGACGUGGACAACGGCAACAUGUACAAGAGCAUCCUGGUGACCAGCCAGGACAAGGCUCCGGCCGUCAUCCGCAAGGCCAUGGACAAGCACCACCUGGAUGAGGAGCAGCCGGAGCAGUACGAGCUGGUGCAGGUCAUUUCAGACGAGAGAAAGCUGAAGAUCCCGGACAACGCCAACGUGUUCUACGCCAUGAACUCUGCCGCCAACUAUGACUUUGUCCUGAAGAAACGGGCCUUCACCAAGGGGCCCAAGGUCCGGCAUGGCGCCAGCUCCACUCUGCCCCGCAUGAAGCAGAAGGGACUCAGGAUUGCCAAGGGCAUCUUCUAGCUGGUCCCUGGCGCUGCCCAGCCACACGGCUGCCCCGCCAGGCUCGGGCUGGCUGGGCAACCAAGCACUUACGGACGCCAGUGGCCCAGGCCAGGCGGGCACCGUCUGCCCAGCCUGCCACCGGGCCACCCUCCCGCCUCCGGGUUCUCCCUGGACCUCCUGCUGCCGGGAUUGACGCCUGCCCGUCACCAGGCCGACCUGGCCCCCCCGGGACCACUCGCCGCCUUAGGUGCCUUCCGCUCUCUGGAGCCAGAGGACUAGCCGACGCUGCCCAGGAGCGCUGCCGAGGGGCCCGGAGCCCUGCCCGCCACGGGCCACGCCCUCGCCACACCGCCCGCACACCUUCCCGGGUGUGGUCACUGCCACCUGUGCCCACGGGCAGCCCAGGGCACCCACUCAUCCACUGGAUCUGACCACUGCGGUUCUCUCCUCGCGCCCGCGGACACCGGCCGUGCCAUCCACGGGGCCCGGCCCCGCCACCACUCGAGCCUUCCGCAGGCUGCACCAAAGAUCCACCGUCAGGCCCCUGAGUGCGGGGCCCCACGCGCGCCCGCCUCCCUCGGAGAGGAGGGACCCUCGUCACCUGCGAGUGAGGACCAGCCCCGCGAGUCCCCGGCCGCAGCCUGAGUGCCGUCUGCCGCUGCACCUGGGCUUCCCGGGACCACACGGGCCGGGGGGAAGGAGGAUGGGGGGAGGGGGCGGGUUGAACAUUUGUAUAAAAGGCAGAAAUCAUGUUUACCAGUGGGGGAGGGGCAAUAUUUAUUUGUUGUAAAUAGUAAAUGCUAGACGUGGAUAUUAUAUUAAAACCUGUUUCUACCAUA